CACUCCCCACAAUCCCUUGCGCCUCCUGCUCGCUGCGGUUGCUUAGAGCCAAUCGGGAGAGGCAGCUGUGGCGGGGGCCGAGGAGGGACAUUUUAAAAGGGCCGGAGAUUGCGGGCGUCAGUGGCCAUGGCGGAUACAGCGACUACAGCAUCGGCGGCGGCGGCUAGUGCCGCUAGCGCCUCGACCGAUGCACCUCCUUUCCAGUUGGGCAAACCCCGCUUCCAGCAGACGUCCUUCUAUGGCCGCUUCAGGCACUUCUUGGAUAUCAUUGACCCUCGCACACUCUUUGUCACCGAGAGACGUCUCAGAGAGGCUGUGCAGCUGCUGGAGGACUACAAACAUGGGACUCUGCGCCCAGGGGUCACCAAUGAGCAGCUCUGGAGCGCACAGAAAAUCAAACAGGCUAUUCUUCACCCGGACACCAAUGAGAAGAUCUUCAUGCCCUUUAGAAUGUCAGGUUACAUUCCUUUCGGGACGCCAAUUGUUGUCGGUCUUCUCUUGCCCAACCAGACACUGGCGUCCACCGUCUUCUGGCAGUGGCUGAACCAGAGCCACAAUGCCUGUGUCAACUAUGCAAACCGCAAUGCUACCAAGCCUUCACCUGCAUCCAAGUUCAUCCAGGGCUACCUGGGCGCUGUCAUCAGUGCUGUCUCCAUUGCUGUGGGCCUUAAUGUCCUGGUUCAGAAAGCCAACAAGUUCACUCCAGCCACCCGCCUUUUGGUCCAGAGAUUUGUGCCGUUCCCUGCUGUAGCCAGCGCCAAUAUCUGCAACGUGGUCCUGAUGCGGUACGGGGAGCUGGAGGAAGGGAUUGAUGUCCUGGAUGGUGAUGGCAACCUCGUGGGCUCCUCCAAGAUCGCAGCCAGACACGCCCUGCUGGAGACGGCGCUGACCCGGGUGGUCCUGCCCAUGCCCAUCCUGGUGCUGCCCCCGAUCGUCAUGUCCAUGCUGGAGAAGACGGCUCUCCUGCAGGCGCGCCCCCGGCUGCUCCUCCCUGUGCAAAGCCUCGUGUGCCUGGCAGCCUUCGGCCUGGCCCUGCCGCUGGCCAUCAGCCUUUUCCCGCAGAUGUCAGAGAUUGAAACGUCCCAGCUGGAGCCUGAGAUUGCCCGGGCCACAAGCAGCCGGACAGUGGUGUACAACAAGGGGCUGUGAGUGGUGCCCGGCCAGCCGGCCUGGGGACAGAUCACUGUUCAGGCCGGGGAGUUAGGGGUAGGGAAGGAGACUCGUGGGCUGCAUCUGCAGGGAGGGGCGAGCUGUCCCCAGCAGUCCUGGGCCACCUGGGGAGCACCAAGCCUGCAGUGGUAGGGAGACUAAUCCAUUUACAUAUU